AUGAACUAUUUUCUCGUAAAAAUCAUACUUUUCCUCGUCAAAGUCGCGACCAACGUCUGCACGGUCUUCACACUUCCGGCGUACUUCGUCUUCCAGAGACCCUGGAACUACUGGAGACGCUCGAAGACGCGCUUCGCCAUGCCAGUCGAGGAGGACAAUCCGUACGCGCCGUACUGGCGCUUACACAAAUACCAACGGGCCAGGAUCCUGGGACACGUCGGCACUUUAGACCAACUGGCUCGAAGGGCCUUCACAACAUGGCCCGAAAGGCGCUGUCUCGGGACCAGAACCAUUUUGGGACGGACUGAAACACAGAAAAUUGGCAGCAGCAAGGUCAUCAAGAACGUGGACCUGGGCGACUACCAGUGGUUGACGUACGGUGAGGUCGACCGCAAGAUCGACCGCACUGUUCGAGGCCUUCAGUCCAUCGGUGCGAGGCCACGCCAGUACUUGGCGAUCAUGGCCGAGACACGGGUCGAGUGGUUCCUCACGGCCCACGCCUGCUUUCGCAGUAACAUCCCGCUGGUGACGCUGUGCACGACGCUUGGCGACGAUGGCCUAGUGAGCGCCAUCAAUGAGGCCCAGGUGACGCACCUGGUCACUUCCGAAGACUUCCUGCCGCGCGUGCAGAACGUCGUCGGCAGGAUGCCGUCACUGACGCACGUCGUUUGCAUCGAGAAUCCCGAUUCAUGGCUGCCGAUGUUAGAAGAGCCCAUUCCGAAGGUCAUUCCAUUUUCAAGCCUGGAAUGCCUCGGCGUGGACUUUGUGGCAGACAGCGGCGCGCCGAAGCCUGACGACGUCGCUGUCGUCAUGUACACCAUCGCGUCACCCGGCUCGCCAAGGGGACUCGUGGCCACGCACAGAAACAUCAUCGCGGCCAUCAACGGCCUCGGAGUCGUUCGCAAGCAGUUCUGCGCCGAAGAUGACACGUACAUCGCCUACCUGCCCUUGGCGCACGUGUUCGAACUGGCCGUCGAGUCACUGGUCUUCGGCACGGGUACGCCCAUUGGCUAUUCCUCCGCGCUAACCCUCACCAAUGCCUCGACGGGAUUGGCCAAAGGAUGUCGCGGAGACGCGACCCUCCUGCGGCCGACCCAGAUGGCCGCCGUACCACUCAUCAUCGAGAGGAUCUGCAAGGGCAUCUCCGACAACGUCGCCUUGAAAGGACCUCUAUUCGAGGAGUUUUUCAAUUACGCCGUGGAGUACAAAGACUUCUGGCACGACCGCGGCUUCGACACGCCUCUGCUCAACCAUUUCAUCUUCAAUGACGUGAGAAGUGUAUUGGGCUCGCGGCUCAGGGUUCUCGUCUGCGGCUCGGCGCCGCUGUCCCCUCGAACGCGCCGCUUCGCCCGGGCCUGCCUGGGCUGCCACGUGAUCGAGGCGUACGGCACGACCGAGACGUGCGCCGUGGGCACCGUCAGCGACAUCGACGACACCAGCGUGGGACGAGUGGGCGCCCCAGUUCCGGGCUCCUACGUCCGGCUUGUCGAUUGGCCCGAGGGCUCCUACUUCGUGUCGGACAAGCCCAACCCGCGAGGCGAGGUCGUCGUCGGAGGUCUGUGCGUCGCGCAGGGCUACUUGAACCGGAAGUUCCUCACGCGCACGGCGUUCCGCUACGAAAACGGGGUACGUUGGUUCUACACGGGCGACGUCGGACAGAUCUUCCCGGACGGCACUCUGAAGAUCAUCGACCGCAAGCAACAGGAGCCGGUCAAACUGCAGUGCGGAGAGAACGCCUCGCUGAGUCACGCCGAGACGGUGCUCAGGAUGUGUCCGCUCGUGGACAACGUACUCGUGUACGGUAGCUCGAUAGACGCGUACCUCGUGGCUCUCGUGGCGCCGAACAAUGACCAACUGCAGCGCCUUGCUCGACGCAUCCCCUGGGCGAUGGGAAGAGAGCUCACGCUGCAGGAGCUGUGCGAAAAUGCUGAAGUGACAAGAGCCGCCACCGAGUUUAUCCGGGCGUUCGCGCGCAGGAGCGGCAAGCUGCAGAAGAGCGAGGUGCCGGUCAAGCUGAAGCUCUGCGCCGACGAGUGGACGGCGGACACGGGACUGGUCACGGCCAGCUUCAAGAUACGCAGGAAGCUACUGCAAGACUUCUACGAGCGCGACAUCAAAGCUCUCUACGCUACGGCCGAGCAGAGUGUGCUGACCCAGGCGUGA